CACAAAGGUGACGUCACGGCGCCCAGAGCGAGGCUGGGGUAGAGAGGCCGACUGAGCAAGAGUCGUCCGCUUGUGGUGGAGGCGGCUGGGAGCCGGCGAGAGGGUGAGCAGGCGAGCAGGCGAGCGAGAAAGAGCAGCGCAGGCAGCAGGGAGCGUUGCGCAGCUCCGAGGAACGCCAGGCCGGGCAGCGGCAGACCCACAGUCCGAGAGGGCUGAGCUGGGCGCCGGGGGUCCCCACCCCCACCCAGCCGGACGGUGCCCGGUGUUUCCCCGUGCGGGAGGCGGCGGCGGCGGCUGACGGGACCCGACGGGACCGCGGGCGUGUUGCCACCUCCGCCGAGGAGCCGGCGCGGCCGGGCCCGUGACCGACGGGCCGAGAAAGGGAGCGAGGCGGCGGCGGCGCAGGCGACGGGGAGGCGGCGGCGACACCAUGUCAUCCCCCAGCCCGGGCAAGAGGCGGAUGGACACGGACGUGGUCAAGCUCAUUGAGAGUAAGCAUGAAGUUACAAUCCUGGGAGGACUCAAUGAAUUUGUAGUGAAGUUCUAUGGACCACAAGGAACACCUUAUGAAGGCGGAGUAUGGAAAGUUCGAGUGGAUCUCCCUGAUAAGUACCCCUUCAAAUCUCCAUCUAUAGGAUUCAUGAAUAAAAUUUUCCAUCCCAACAUUGAUGAAGCGUCGGGAACUGUGUGUCUAGAUGUGAUUAAUCAGACCUGGACAGCUCUCUAUGAUCUUACCAAUAUAUUUGAGUCCUUCUUGCCCCAGCUGUUGGCCUACCCUAACCCCAUAGAUCCUCUCAAUGGUGACGCAGCAGCCAUGUACCUCCACCGACCAGAAGAAUACAAGCAGAAAAUUAAAGAGUACAUCCAGAAAUAUGCAACGGAGGAGGCCCUGAAGGAGCAGGAAGAGGGUACUGGGGACAGCUCAUCGGAGAGUUCAAUGUCUGACUUUUCGGAAGAUGAAGCCCAGGACAUGGAGUUGUAGUAGAAAAAGCGCCUGCUUUUCAGAAAGACUAUUAUUUCCUAACCAUGAGAAGCAGACUAUAAUAUUCAUAUUUAAACAAAGCAAUUUUUUUUAUUACUAAACAAGGUUUUUAUGAAUAAUAGCAUUGAUAUAUAUAUAUUAUAUAUCACCCUUUAGAUCUUGAUUUCUUGGUCAUUUCUCAACCUGAGGUGCAUAGCAUAUUCCCACAUUCCAUUUUGGUAGCAAUAUGCGGUCCGAAUGCAUGCAUUCAUAAGUCCACUUGGCCAAGGCAUCCUGUGUGCUACUGAAUGUCACAUAGCCACUCUGAUAGGUAGAUACGAGUAAAACUAACAAGAAAAGUUGCUUCUUUUUAUCGAUGGUUCCAAAGAAACAAACCAAACCAACCAGCUCUUGGAUGUGAAGAUAGAAUAGUGCUUUUUCAAAUUGGAAAGGAAAAAAUUGGGGAGGAAGAGGCCUGCUUUGGGAGCAUGUAAAGCCAGCCACGUACAAAUCAGCAGCCCCUUCUUGUGAGUCCUAGCUGGGCCCAUUUUGUGGAGUAUCAGUGUAAAGCAGGGAGCUAAUUAGAGAAUUGAGAAAACAUUUUUGACUGGAUUUAAGUACAUUUUUAUAAAUAGAUUCCUGUCCUUCAUGCUACCAGACCUGCAGCCACUGCAUUGUGCAUCAGAGAACCUCUUGGAAGUAUUUUCUGAACCUGAUUCUUUUUCUUGGGGUACAGCUUGUGAUCCAGACUUUUUUUUUUUUUUUUGAGAGGACAGGAGGAGAAAAAUGACUGGAAGUUAUUUUCUCUCAUCAAAAACGUGUGCAAAGUCCCAUCCUAAUUCUAGUGUUGGGCCAGCUCAAGAUGGCUGCCUGGACUAAAUUAAACUGAAGGGGGUUUUUGGUUUUGGUUUUUUCAGUUGGUGUGAAUUGUGCUUAGAUGGGUUACAAGUGUCGUCUUCACAUGCUAAGAGAUGGUCUCCUCCCUGGACAAGCCGCCCAGUGGACCACUAGAUGUGAGAAGACCGGCCUGUUGGCUUUGAGGCCCAGGGCACCACUCCUCCAUGUCGGGUUUGGUUGCCCCCAGCAGCAGCCUUUCAUCGCCCACCUGCGGGGAGUGGGAUACAGGUAUUUCAGACCCAAAGCAGAUUCUCAAUUUCAAAUGAAAAACAACUGGAACAAAUAAAAGUUCUUGUACGCAAAGUGGCUCAGCAUGGGAAAAACAGCUUUCUUCAGAGAGUGACUGGCUAGAAAAGAGGGGUUUGGGAACGUGAUGUAGGGGAUAGCUUGUGAAGGAGGGAUGCUUCCUGUCCUGUGUGUUUGAGAGCAAGUCAGACUGUUUAAAACGCCUGUCGAUGCAGUAUUUGCUCAGCUAAUGUACAUCUGGGUUGCUGUGAAGUUUCUUUCAAACCUGAAUGUUGCCCACUGAAUCUGGAGGGGGAUUUGGAGAAGUUUUAAACAGCAACUCUAUAUAUUAUUUUUUCACAACCAAUAGGACAAUAGCAGAAUUAGCCAAUCCUAAGACCUUCUAAAGACAACUUUUGAAUGUUUCCCUGGGAUAAUUUUUAUUUUUGAUGUGUUUUUAGUUUCGGAGUGCUAUAUUCCACAAGGUUUAAGUCAAUGAGGUUGGAAGAUACCUAAUCUUUUUUUUUAAUUCAGAAAGCACAAUCAGUCUUUCCUUUGAAAAAGUACAACUUGCUUUUAGCAUGAUUAUUUUCCUAAAUAAAAGACAAAGAAUUUGCUUAUAUUAAUUACGGGCACGGAGCAAGAGGUUUUCUUUUUUAAAAAGUGCAGUUCUGUAAGGCUGUGGUUAGUUCACUGUGCCGAGUAGCGCUAGCGUUCGUGGCGUGUCGGGAGGUAGUAUUAACUGUAACAUGUAAUGAAUGGUGUACUCUGACCUAGCGCGCUGUCUUCAUUGCUUUUGGGGUGGGAGGGUCUCUGCUGGCGCUGUCUGACCUGCUUCCCUGCCGCAUUCACAGUCUGCUUGUGCUGUAACCUUUAUUGUUAGGUGCUACUUAGGGUAGGCUUGAAGUGCUGGGUGGUGAUUUGAGUUCAAACAAUAAAUUGUAUUUUUUCAAUAUUGUAUAAACAACAGUGUUCUAAUUAACCCCCCUGAGAAAGUCCAGAUAACUGCUUUGAUCUUGUCCAGGAAAAGGCUGUAGGGAGGUCGGAACGGCAGUGCAGCUCUGCCCUCACAGGAGCCCACUUUCCCGGCGUGAAGCCCUCCGCUCGCCCUCCGCUCGCCCUCUGCUCACCCUCUUCCCCGAGCCCAGCAACGCUGGCUGAGACACAGGCGCCCACAUGAAAAGCGGGUUGAACAGCAGGUCAAGUGUGGCUGCCGAGUGUGUAUGGGGCAGGUGUAAUUAGCUGCUCUGUUAGUACUGGGAACUCCUGGGCUUGGUGCCCGAGUCACACCCUUCCCUCCUGCUCUGUGCAGGUCUCCUUCGGGGCGCUGACCCUGUCCCGCGCGCGUUCGGGCUCUUUGGGCCUUCUCCCUUUGUAGGUUGGACAGGACCCACAGGAUCCCCUCUAAUGCUGACUUUGUGUGCCCCGCUCCUGCGAGAGGUUGGAAGAGGAGGCUGUACUCAUAGGCUCGGAGGGGUGGGAGGCCUGUUUGGGACUCUGGGCCCCCACAGUCUGCAGCAGGAGCUGGUGGGACACCAAGGUCUUUCUGUGCUCAGUGUGUCCCUUCCUCACAGAAAGGCCCUGAGAUCACUGGAGAGGCGAACUCAGCCUCUGGUCGCGGUGGGAGGUCAGAGCUGCUGCUGGCGGCUUCCCUGGCCUUAACACCCAGCAUUUUUGAAACCCUACCUUGCGGUUUACCAGCACACGCCGUGCCGUGCUCCCAUCCCAGCGCUUAAGCUCCAGCUCUUGCCAAACACUGACAAACAAGGUGGCUGCAGCUGGCAGCCCUGGUGCCCUUGAAAAGCCCAUCACUGGGCCGGUGGGCAGCGGUGGUGUCUUGGCUUCGUUACCAGUCUCACUGCCCUCCUUGAGGUUACUCUGCAGUUCCAGCCGGCAUUUUAUACCAGAGAGAGAACUGUCAGGAGUUGCCGGAUAAUCCCCCCCUCACUAAUGUUCUAGUCCGCUUCAGAAGCUGUUCUGAUUGCCAACCAGCUCAUCUAGGCCCCUCGGGAGCCGCCCCUCCCCGCUGCUCCCUCCACCCCUCCGUGGUCUUGGCCCUGUGCUUGCUUUUCCUUGGCCUCUGGUCUGGAUGGCUGAGACUCCUGGCAGACCGGCCCUCCGCCAGCCUCCACGCUGGUUCCUGACCCCCUGUCUGGGAACUAGUCCUUGGUUUUCAGUGGCAUGUGCCCCGUCCCCCGUAAAAGCCAUUUAUAAAUGUGAGGGGUUUUACUUCAUCUGCUUCCGAACUGGGCUCACAGCCUUGUUGAGGGGGAUCGUGGUAGUUCUGCUUGGCUCAGGAAGUGCAUUUCCUGGGCUUCUGAAUCCAUGUUCCUACUUGCUGGUGGCCCCAGCAGGCCACAUGGAGUGGAGGCUGAGGUGUGCAGCUUUCUUCUCCCACGGAAGGGCUCUUCAUUUAGCAAGUACGUGUCUCGGCUGUGGGCUUGGGAAGAAAUGGCCAUUACUUACUGAUUGUGUUUGGUACAUACUGUGUGAUACUUGAAAAGAUCAGAGGGACUUAAUAGCCCUGAAAUGAAAUCUAAGCCUUUUAUUGCUUACAUUUUCCUUGCCCCGUCUCCUCCCUUCCACCUUUCCCCUUGCAUUGUGAUGAUCUAGUGGGCACGCCUGUCACCAGGACAAAUGCCACCUCUGACUAUAACCUCUUAAUAGUUGUGUAUAAUGAAAACUGUAAACUUUUUAAAAUAAAAUGUAUAUACCUUG